UAAUUUCAAAAGCUGUAUUGGUAUUCAUCCCUCGCUGGACCAAACCAGUCUCUCCAGGUUUCCUGAUGCGGAGGAUGCUUGCCCUCUAAGGGUGUGCGAGGAGAUAUUUCAGAGGGCGCAAGGAGGUGUUUCAUGGUGUGCGAUGAGAUAUGUAUGGGGGUGCGAGGAUGUAUUUCAUGGGGUGCGAGGGGGUAUUUCAGGUGGAGGGAGGAGGUAUUUCAGGUGGAGCAAGGAGGUAUUUCAGGUGGAGCAAGGAGGUAUUUCAGGUGGAGCAAGGAGGUAUUUCAGGUGGAGCAAGGUGGUAUUUCAGGGGAUGUGAUUAUGAGAACAGAAUAGCCAUUGAGUUUUAAGUGAUGAAAUACAUUUUUAAAUUUAUUAAGGAACAAUUUAGUUUAUGCAAUAAAAUUUAUUAAGGAACAAUUUAGUUUAUGCAAUAAGUGAACAUUUUGUUUUUCAAGCUCCACAGAUCUCUUUCUAAUUCAAUAAACAAAGUAAGAAAUUUUUUUUUUGUUUUUAAUUUCAAAAUGUGCCGAUACCUUUUUUUUAAAGGGGUGCGAGACUUGGUCAAACAGAGAGACUUACUAAAGCUUUGUAGGGGGUGUGGAGUAAAGAAGAGGUUGGGGAACCCUUUGUGAGAAUUAGACAGUUCACACUUAAGACAAGCUCUCUCUCUCUUUUUUUUUUUUUCAAUUUCUAUUGAUUUUUGAGCUUCAGACUUUAGAGUUUUGUCUCUAUUUUAAGAGUAAUCCGUUCCUUGCUGACGGCACUAAAAUUGUUUGAUCAUGGCCGAACAGUAGCAAUGGAACUCUGUCAUUAAGGGAGGAGUAGCUGUACAUAAAUACCAGAGGACAUUAGUGUCUCCAGCGGGGGCUCAUAAUUCUGUUGAACACAACUUACUGUAACCCCCACACUCAUAACGACAGGGAUUCUGAUACCCUUGACAUCAAUGUCGUACUUCAGAUUGGGGGGUGUACACUGGGGCAACACUGUAGUCAUUUCUUUUAUGCAUACAGCAUUUAUAGUAAUUAAUGGCGAUGAACAACUUCAAUGAGUUUUUGCUCUGUAAUGUCAAUGUAAUGUCAAUGUAGCCCCAGAGACCAGUUGUUAUUACUGUGUACACUGGACUGUUUCCUAUGUCUCUCAAUAAACCGGGCAGUGGACGAGGACAAUAUUAAGCCACGUCCAAGAUUUAUCAGCUGAAUGGGAUGAUGUGAAACCACUUUGCUGUGUGGCUGAUCAACAACAAACAAUAGCUUCAAAUUCAAAGCAGAGUUGUGUAUGGUAAGAGAGAGCUAGGGGGACAAAGUCCUGCUUCAAAGCAGUGUUGUGUAUGGUACUAGAGAGCUAGGGGACCAAGUCCUGCUUCAAAGCAGUGUUGUGUAUGGUACGAGAGAGCUAGGGGGACCAAGUCCUGCUUCAAAGCAGAGUUGUAUAAAAACAAUGUUCCAAUAACUGAAGGCCACAAAAUAAUGAUACUUACGGUACUUAAAGCCGAAUGAUUUAUCAGUUAGUGUGUGCUAACACUAUCAAGAUUGUUCAUGUUAAACCCCAAACAAGAUUGUUCCUGUUUAACACCACAAAAGAUUGUUUAUGUUAAACACCAAACAACAUUAUUCCUGUUUAAGAUUGUUUAUGUUAAACACGAAAGAAGAUUGUUCACGUUAGACACCAAAGAAGAUUGUUUUCAUGAAUAAAUAAAAAGUUUGUAAAAAUGACUGCUGCCAAAUU